UUUCUAUUGACACGUGAACAGUGAUUUUAGGCAUUUAUCCUUCCACUUUUUCUACUCUUUUCGAUCAGUUAUUUGAGAAUUAAGCGCUAAUGGAAGUGGCGUUUGUUCGUAUAUAAAGAAUUAAAGAUGAAGUCUUUGACAGCAAAAAUUGUCUAUGCAAUGAUCAUUAUAUUACAGUUCUUCAAAAACAGCAAUAAUUCUCCAACAUACGGUAAAUUCAACGGAAAUACAAUACAAGUAUUAAACACUACACUUUAUGCAUAUUUCGGCAUCCCUUACGCCGUAGCUCCAGUUGAUCAGCUAAGGUUUCAAGAACCUCAACCUGUUCACUAUAAAUCAAAUAUCAUAUAUAAUGCAACACGAAAAUCUCCAUCCUGCAUGCAAGAUCCACCUUUCCCGAUAUUAGAAUGGAUCAAUCGCAAUCCUAAAGAACUCAGCGAAGAUUGUCUCUAUCUUAAUAUUUGGGUACCAAGCUUAAAGCCAAAUGAAAAACCACUUGCUACUAUGGUUUGGAUAUAUGGAGGAUCAUUUAACAUGGGAUCUGCCAAUAUGAAUCUGCAUGACGGCGCUGUAAUUGCGGCAGUGGGAAACGUCAUUGUAGUUACAUUCAAUUAUCGCGUUACUGCGUUAGGCUUCGCAAAUUUUAAUAACGAAGACGCACGAGGAAAUAUGGGCAUGUUAGAUCAAGUAAUGGCUCUCAAAUGGGUGCAUCGAAAUAUCGAAACAUUCGGAGGUGACAAAAAUUUGAUAACUGUUUUCGGCCAGAGUACGGGAGCUAUCUCUAUCGCACAUCACAUGAUAUCGCCGCUUACUAAAGGCUUAUUCAACAGAGUAAUUUUGCAAAGCGGGAGCAAUUAUCAAGAAUAUUAUGCUGUGAAUACUACAUUCAACAGAGAAAAUACGGUCAUGCUUUCACAGGAAGUAGGCUGCAACGUAUCUGAUAUGUUAACAUGUAUGAGAGAAAAGAGUGCACAUGAAAUUGUUGAAGCUGAAAAGCGAUUGAUUAAACGACAACAAACAAUACUAUAUUAUCAUCCACAAGUCGGUCCUCCAUUACUAUCUGACGAUCCAUUUUACGAUAUUGACACCGGCAAAUUUCAUGAUGUCGAAGUAUUAAUGGGCAGUGUAAUGAAUGAAGGCACUCCUUUCGUUAUUGCACUGAAUCCAUAUUUAGCAAUAGAAGACAAGCCAAUUUUAUCAAAAGCAGAGGCGAAAGAUAUUAUGAGUAGGGCUUACAAAGUAACUGGAGAAUAUCUUGAUCGUAUUGUAAAGAAAUAUUUAGGAAAUGUGGCAGAAAAUGACCAUUCAGAAAUUCUAAAACAAACAAUCAAAGCUUUAGGAGACGCAGCAUUUUCAUGCCCCAUAUCACAUUUAGUGGAAAGACUUUCUCAGUAUGAUCACACAGUCUACGUUUAUAAGUUCAAUCAUACUCGAAUCAAAUCUCUGUUUAAAAGAUGGAUGGGAGUUCUACACAGCGAAGAUUUGCAUUUCGUGUUUGGAAGACCAUUAUUAAAACAGAAAGAUUACACCGAAGAAGAAGUAUUGUUUAGCAGGAGAAUUAUACAACUUUGGACGUCGUUCGCUAAAACUGGAAAACCUACUUAUGAAGGAAUGGAGUUUGAAUGGAAACCGUUCGAUAGGAAACAACGUAAUUCGCUUUCUCUCACUCUUGGUAACAUUCGUAAUAUGAAGGAAGAAGUGGAUGAAAAAUGCGAAUUUUGGAAAGAGUUUCUCAGAGAAUAUACAAAUAAAAUGUACAUGCAUUGAUUUUAAAUUUUAAUUCAUAUAUUGGUUAUAAACGCAGAAAAAUGAAUAUUUGAGUGAAAAAAUAAAACGUAAAAAAAACGAAAAAAUACAACUUGUAAACUGAAAAGCACAUUUUUAUUCUUUUCAUAUAUAAAUGAGCAUAUAAUAUUCUUAGGAAUUUCAAGGAAAGAGACAAGACAUUCCGUUAUGAUAUAAUUUUGUUAAUUUUUUUAUAAUAGAAUUUUUAACUAAUUUAAUUUGUUUGUUUUAGAUCUCAAAGUAAUCAGUUUUUCUAUUGUAAAAUUUAUAUGAGUAAGUUUUAAUUAUGAUUAUUAAAUAAAUUUAUCUUUAUUUGAAAUUAUUCCUAUCCUUACGUUUAUAUUGACGGCCGGACAGCCAAGAGCGCCUAUCAGACUCUGGCAGGAUAUUGGCCAGACUCUGCCCAAGAUGGCAGCUACCUCUCUGGUUGACCUGGAAUCGACCAGGACGGGUCGAAAAAUCUCCUUGAAUUUUUCGGGGGUGGUCCGUUUAGCAUGGUUUCGACUAGGCCCACAAUAAGACCGGUAGGUUGAAAUAUCCGGUCAGAUGAGGCCCUCUUAGUCCCCACAGGACAGAAAGAGCUUUAAAAAAUGCUCUGUAUUACGUACUCAUAUAUCAUUUAACUGAACUAAAUGUAGUUAAUGUGUUCUGAAUUCAAUUACUAUAGAUAAAUUUUAGUUUUUAGAGUAGCACCAAGAGAUUUCUGUAUUGUAGUCUUUUUUUUAAAUUAGCAGUGGAAAAUAAAUUGGAUUUUCAACAUUUUAAGGAAUUUAUUACGCGUAAUCAGUUCUUUUGUAUUUCAAAGCUCUUAAAUAAAUGUUUUAAUUUUUU